AAAUCCCAUUAAGGCUCUCUCUGAAUCCCGAAUCCUGAUCCCAUCUUUCUCAGUCAUGGUGGCGGCGGCGCAGCCACACCCAGCAGAUUAAUCGUCUCCUACGUACUGCUGCAGCAAUCCAGAACAACGGAAAUGCUUGGCUCCACGGACGCCCCCGCCGAGCCGAAGCGUGCACGCCAUGCAGACGGCGGCGGCGGUGAUGCCGGCGAUGACCGGCUGAGCGCCCUGCCGGACGACCUCCUCCGCACCAUCCUGUCGCGCCUCAUGGCCCAGCAGACGGUGCAGACGUGCAUGCUCUCCACGCGGUGGCGGCACCUCUGGCGCGCCGUUAAGCACCAAUUGAUUCAUCUACGCUGGAUCGAGCACGACGUUAAGCACCAAUUGGGCAUUCUUGGCGCGCUGUCUAAUGUGACAACCUUGCACUUGUUGCAUUUUGCGGUCACGUUGUUGUUCAAUGAGAGUCAUGAGAAUCCUCCUCUAUUCAAGUUUGAGAACCUGACAACAUUGUUCCUAGAUGAGUGCCGAAUCAGCAACGACUUCCUCGGGCUGCAGCAAUACCUAGAGAACUCAUGUAACCUGCAGAAGCUCACUUUGCGCCAUUGCAAGGUCUUGGAUUUCCAUCCUACAAAUGAGGUGAUGGAACGCUGCCAGUCAUAUUCCAAGGACCUGCCACAUUUCAGGUGCAAGAACCUUAGGCUGUGUGAAAUCAUAUACCGAGACGGCGAUGCUUCUGUCCAUCUAUUGGUCAAGUUUUUUGUGGGCAUGUGGAGAAAUCUGCCAAACAACAAGAUCGAACUUACUCCUGUCAAGGAGGAGAAACAAAAGAGUGGCCGAACUCAAUGAAGUCGAUUAGCAGAACAGUAUGGCAAUACACUAUGUCGUCUAUCGUUUGCUGAUGUAUGCCCAGGUUGCAUGUCUAAGCAUAUGUAUCAACGGCUUUACUCCUUA